GAUAAGUGACGCCCACUGAGAAAAUCUCUCCGGCCCCUUUGCUGAGCUGGUGGUGCAGCUCUGUCAGCCGGUGUGACGGUGUGAAGGGACAGGAGCAGGCAUGGCGGGCCGGACUAUGCAAGCAGCGCGAUGUCCUACGGACGAGCUCUCCCUCACCAACUGCGCAGUGGUCAGUGAAAAGGAUUUCCAGACUGGACAGCAAGUGUCUGUGAGGACUUCGCCACACCAUCGGUACAUCUUCACCGUUAAAACACACCACACAGUGGUCCCGGGAACUAUUGCUUUCAGCCUCCCUCAGAGAAAAUGGGCUGGCCUCUCCAUUGGUCAGGAGGUAGAAGUUGGAUUGUACAACUUCGACAAGACCAAACAAUGUAUCGGCACCUUGACCAUCGAGAUCGACUUCCUGCAGAAGAAGAGCGUGGACUCCAACCCUUACGACACAGACAGGAUGGCCGGAGAGUACAUCCAGCAGUUUAGUAAUCAGGCUUUCUCCGUCGGGCAGCAGCUGGUGUUCAGUUUCAAUGAUAAACUUUUUGGGCUGGUUGUGAAGGACAUUGAAGCAAUGGAUCCGAGCAUCCUGAAGGGGGAGCAGACCUCAACCAAGAAACAGAAGAUUGAAGCGGGUCUGGUGGUGGGAAACAGUCAGGUGGUAUUUGAGAAGGCGGACAACUCCUCCUUAAAUCUUACAGGGAAAUCAAAGACCAAGCAGGACCGUCAGUCUAUCAUCAACCCCGACUGGAACUUUGAGAAGAUGGGCAUUGGUGGUCUGGACAAGGAGUUCUCAGACAUUUUCAGACGAGCCUUCGCUUCCAGGGUCUUCCCUCCAGAGAUCGUGGAGCAGAUGGGGUGUAAGCACGUGAAAGGCAUCCUUCUCUUCGGUCCUCCUGGUUGCGGUAAGACCCUCAUGGCUCGACAGAUUGGCAAAAUGCUGAACGCCCGUGAGCCUAAAGUAGUCAAUGGCCCUGAAAUUCUAAACAAGUACGUUGGUGAAUCUGAGGCCAACAUUCGCAAGCUGUUUGCUGACGCCGAAGAGGAACAGAGGAGGCUCGGGGCCAACAGUGGGCUGCACAUCAUCAUCUUUGAUGAAAUAGAUGCCAUAUGUAAGCAGAGAGGGAGCAUGGCAGGCAGCACCGGCGUCCAUGACACUGUGGUCAACCAGCUGCUGUCUAAGAUAGACGGUGUGGAGCAACUUAACAACAUCCUGGUUAUAGGGAUGACCAACAGACCGGACCUGAUAGACGACGCUCUCCUGAGACCUGGCAGGCUGGAGGUCAAAAUGGAGAUUGGCCUGCCUGAUGAGAAGGGUCGCGUCCAGAUCCUCCAUAUCCACACCGCUCGCAUGAGAGAACACAGCCUACUAGCUGGGGAUGUGGAUGUUCCUGAGUUGGCCACAGAGACCAAAAACUUCAGUGGAGCUGAGCUGGAGGGGCUGGUGAGGGCAGCACAGUCCACGGCCAUGAACCGACAUAUCAAGGCCACCACCAAAGUUGAGGUUGACAUGGAGAAGGCGGAACGUCUGCAAGUAACAAGGGUAGACUUCUUAACAUCUCUGGAGAAUGAUAUCAAGCCGGCCUUUGGAACUAACCAAGAGGACUAUGCAAGCUACAUCAUGAACGGCAUCAUUAAGUGGGGAGACCCCGUCACCCGUGUCCUGGAGGAUGGAGAGCUGCUGGUCCAACAGACAAAGAACAGUGACCGCACACCCCUCGUCAGUGUCCUACUUGAAGGUCCGCCGCACAGUGGAAAGACGGCACUGGCUGCCAAGAUCUCUGAGGAUUCCAAUUUCCCAUUCAUCAAGAUCUGCUCACCAGAGAAGAUGAUUGGCUUCUCCGAGACCGCCAAGUGUCAAGCUAUCAAAAAAAUAUUUGAUGAUGCUUACAAGUCUCAGCUGAGCUGCGUUGUUGUAGAUGACAUUGAGAGGCUGCUAGAUUAUGUGCCAAUUGGUCCUCGUUUCUCCAAUCUGGUGCUGCAGGCUCUGCUUGUUCUCUUGAAGAAAGCCCCCCCUCAGAGUCGUAAACUACUGAUCAUUGGCACCACCAGCCGAAAGGACGUCCUGCAAGAGAUGGAGAUGCUGGACGCUUUCAGCACAACCAUCCAUGUUCCAAAUAUCCGCUCAGGAGAGCAGCUUAUGGAGGCUCUGGAGCUCCUGGGUAGUUUCAAGGACAACGAACGCUCCAUCAUCGCACAGCAUGUGAAGGGAAAGAAAAUUUACAUUGGAAUCAAGAAGCUGCUAAUGUUUAUUGAGAUGUCCAUGCAGAUGGACCCAGAGUAUCGUGUUGGCAAAUUUCUCGCCCUCUUAAAAGAACAAGCUGCAGAUCCAGUCCAUCGUGACUAUGCUUAACUGGACAUCCCAUUGCUGUGGGCACCAGAAGAUGUCUCCUUCAGAACCAGUAACAUUCCGCCCCCCACCCCCUCAUAUCUGUUCCUGGGAAGGUUGGAUUCUUGAAGCACACCACGGGAUCCCUUAUUACUGCAUCACAAGGGACAUGCAUGUAACUAACAAUGCUUUGUCUGAAUGUCUCGCCACCUCAGCCUUGUCCAUCCAUUCUGCUUUACGUUCUAUGAAUGCACAAGGCGGCCAUGUUGUAGCGGUGUCUGGCUGGAGCACUCCAGGGUCUUUAU